AAUGUAAAGUAUCUUCUAUGUAUAUGUAACGAUAAUACUGUUAUUUUGCGCGAAAUAAUAUUGAAAAUAUAAAUCAUUUUCAUGAAUGUGUACUCGUAGAAUUUACGAGAGAAAUGAUAUUUAAUGAUUUUUCUAAUUCAUUAGAAAGAUAGCAUCGUAGAAAUGACUCCAAAACGCAAAACUACUAGUUCGGAAUCUACUUCAUCAUCGAGCUCUGGCUCUUCAUCUAGUAGUUCUUCAAGUUCUGGCAGUGAAUCUAGUUCAUCUGAUUCAGAAAACUCCAGCAGUUCUGUUAAUAGUCAAAAAGCAUCUGAUUCGGAAAGAUCUAAAAAGAAGGUACCGUUUCCAGCCGCAAGACAUGUCAAAUCUAAAACUGAGCCAACUCCUACUACUACGGCAGAAAAUAAAAACAAAGAAAAAGUACAACCUAAAUCUAGACCAGUAGUUUAUUCCUCGGAAUCUGAAGAAUCACCUAAUAAGCUGAAAUCUGUGAAAAGGAAACUACCUGCCAAACCUAAAGCUACUGCUACUGUAGCACCUGUAGUUAAAGUUCAAAAACCGCCAACUAAACCAAUAUCUAAUGUUACGCAACAUAAAAAUAUUCCAGCUGUAAAGCCAAGUAAUAAACAAACCAAGCUUUCAGGUCCUGCAGCAACAAAUACGAAAGUAGCAGAUAAAUCUACGAAAAUGACAUCGGAACCGGUACAAAAGAAAUUAAAAAAGAAGAGUAUAUUCAGUCCUGAAAAUAGUAGCGAAAGUGACAAUGCUUCCCCACCAAAAGUAAAUACGAUAAAAGCAGCAAACAAUACCGUAAAAUGUACAAAGGCUCCACCUAAAAUAAAACCUGCUGAUCCCAAAAUAAAACCUACCGUACCAUCAAGACCUGCACUAGUUACUAAAACUCCGCAAGUUCAAAAAUCUGAUAGUUCGGCUAGUUCAAAGAGCUGUUCGGGUGGAUCAGGUUCCUCUGGCUCAACAGAUAGCAGUAGCGAUUCUGAUUCAUCAGAAAGCGUUACUAGUCCACAAUCUCAACCUAAAAAAAAGGACGUUCCACCACCUGUUACACAAAAUGUUACUACAAAUGCACAACCGAAAAGGCCAUCAGCCACAGUAGCACCAGUUAAACCUUUGAAAUGUACAAAGAAACAAGGUAGGGUAAAAAGUGAAGAUGAUGGAGAUGCAUCAGGCAGUGAUAAGGAAAUGGAUGAUAAUACAGAAGUAAGUUCUUCUAAAGGAACGGUUAAAGGCAAACGAAAGUUGCAAACUCGCAAAGGAAGCAAACUGCUACAACUGCAAGCGAAAGCUGCUAGUGACUCCGAAUCGGAUACAGUAUGGUUCUCAGGUACGGAAACGGUAGAGCGUAAACGUAUCCUGCAAAUUCCACUGAUCCGGUGUGAUUUGUCGGGAGUAGCUGAAAGCAAGAGAAGUACGAGCAAGUCACCAGUUAAGCGUGCUGGUCCUAGUCAAGGCGCUAGACAUUCAUCAUCCACAGCGAAUAGAACCACGCAGAGCAGUGCUGGAUCUAAUACAGUUGCUAAUAGAACUGGACAAAACUCAUACAAUCGUACACGUACUACAAAGGAAAGAGAAUGUCCAUUGGCAGCAUGUUGCGAUUCCCGAGGUCAUCUUUCUGGGAAACUGGAAACGCAUUUUACAUUGGAAGCUUGUCCUUUAUAUCACAAUACUACGCCACAAAAUUGCAUAGAAUUUUAUAAAGAAAGGAAGAAAAGGGAAGAAGAACGAAAGAAGUCGAUAGCUAAUCUUGCUAAAAAAUCACCUAAAGGAGGACAUCAGACAAACGAGCAACGUAAUUAUCAACUUAAAGUUAAAGAAAUGAGAAACAAAUGGAAACCUCAUACCGGGGAAGAUAAUGGGAGUGACAGUGGUAACGAUCUUCCUGGAAAUGAAAAGGACAAACAACCGCGUUUAACUAAUCUAACUUCGGAUUAUGAUCUGAAAUUAUUUAUGGAAGCUCAAGCAAUUGCCAGUGAAAAAAUAGAAAAAGAGUUAAAAGAAUUGGAUUAUGAUGGAGAAGGUAGAAACAGUGGUGGCACGCGAUGCGUUGAAAUGGGAAAAUGGGAAAUGGAAGUUUGGUAUCAAAGUCCAUAUCCAGAAGAAUUUAGUCGUGCUCCUAAACUUUAUCUUUGCGAAUAUUGCUUAAGAUACGCUAAAAGUCGUCAGGUAUUAAGAAGACAUCGAGAAAAAUGUUUGUGGAGACAUCCACCUGGACAUGAGGUAUACAGAAAAGAUAAAAUUGGUGUCUGGGAAGUGGAUGGUAAACGUUACAAGCAAUAUUGCCAAAAUUUGUGCCUCCUAGCAAAGUUCUUUUUGGAUCACAAAACUCUUUACUAUGACGUGGAACCAUUCCUCUUCUACGUGAUGACUAUAGGUGAUUCUGAAGGAUGUCAUACAGUUGGUUAUUUCAGUAAGGAAAAGAAUUCUUUCCUGAACUACAACGUCUCCUGUAUCCUGACGUUACCACCAUAUCAGAGACAAGGCUAUGGUCGACUUCUCAUCGACUUUAGUUAUCUAUUAACAAGGGUUGAGAAGAAGAUAGGUUCGCCAGAGAAACCUUUAUCGGAUUUGGGUCUAAUAUCUUAUCGAAGUUAUUGGAAGGAUGUUUUGUUACAAUAUCUUUGCAAUUUUGGUGGCAAGGAACUUUCAGUGAAAGACAUUAGCAAAGAAAUGGCGAUUGACUCUUAUGAUAUUGUAAGUACUUUGCAAGCUCUUGGAAUGAUGAAGUAUUGGAAAGGCAAGCAUAUUAUAUUGAAGAAACAGGACGUGAUAGACGACUACAAGGAGAGGGUGAAGAGACGAGGUCUCGUCUACAAGGAGAUCGAUCCGGAGUGCCUAAAAUGGAAUCCCUUCCAACCUCCCAAGACUCCCUCAGCUUCGAACUAAGAGGGCAAAGAGGAAGAUCGAAAAGAGAUGAAGAAAAGAAGGAAAAGGAGAAAGGAGGAGGUUGGACUCUUCUCUCUUGUGAGUAGUAUGUGAGAAACCCCGUCGUAUGUAUGAGACUGAAAAAAAGAAAAAGAAAAAGAAAAAAAGAAACAGUAAAAAAGAGAAAGAAAGAAUGAUGUCAACGUUUGUAUGUCUGUCUGUCUGUCUGUCUGUCUGUCUGUCUGUCUGUAGUUUGCCUGUCUGGUUUGUGUCUAUGUGUGAAUGCGCGUACGUGUGUGAAUCAUACAAACAUCUAAAAGAGAGAAAGAAUGAUACUAACAUUGAUAUGUAUAUAAUAUGUUAGAAUGAGAAAGAAUGAUAUUAACAUUCAUAUGUGUAUAACAUGUAAGAGAGAGAGAGAGAGAGAAAGAAUGAUACUAUCAUUCAUAAGUAUAUAACAUGUCAGAGAAAGAAAGAGAAUGAUACUAGCAUUCAUAUGAGUAUAUAUGUAUAUGACAGAGAGAAAGAGAGAGAUAGAGAGAGAGAGAGAGAAAGAAUGAUGCCAAUAUUUAUGUGUGUAUACAUAAAUGAUGAGAGAGAUGCAGUUAUACGUGUAUAUGUGUGUGGAAGAGGGAGAGAGAGAAAGAGAGAAGUAUAGCAAGAUCCAAUCCUUUGGCACUCCUUUUGGAGUGUUCAACAAGGAGGCGUUGGGUUGGUCGAUUUCUCUUGUAAAUUUUUUCUUUUUUCUCUUAUUCUUCUUUUUCUUCUUCGUCAUCGUCAUUGCAGAGAAGCCGUAAAGCAGAUUUCACGCCUGUAACGAUUGGUAAGGGCCAUAGAAUCCUUCCUGGAACUCGUUCGUUCCACGUCGAAGUCUCUGAAGAGACCAAUGAGGAACGUGUAAAAGUGGACUGAGAAGAAGAUUAGAUGAGAAAUUGGUAUAUGUAUGGUAGUUGUUGUAGUUGGCUCUUCUUCUUUUUAUUAUUAUUAUUAU